UUAGUGAAUUGGUAAGACUGCACGUUUGUUGUGAUUGUUUGUUGUGUAGAUUUAGAUGAUGCUUCUGAGCUGAGAUUAAAAAAAGCCAAACAAAUAUUCAGUUCUUACGGUUAUAACUCAAAAUGAAACGUAAAAGUUUAAGGAAAAGCGAAAAUGCCGCCGAUGAAAAAAAUGGAAAUGCGGAAAACUCAGAUGAACCCCUAGAGAAGAAGGGCAGGAAUAGCAGAGGCAGGAAUAAAGACAAACAGCCGUCUUAUGAAGAAACUUCUGAAAAUGAGAGGGGCUCUCAGACUAGUGAAGCUUCUGAUUCCCCCAGUCAAAAUGGGAACCAAAAAAAGAAAGGAAAAAAACCAAAGGGGAAAAAAUCAAAAGAAGUGGACCAAGAGAAUCAGGAAGAAGAACCAGAGACUGGCUCCCAGUCUAGUGAAAGUCAAGAUACAGAUUCCCCCAGUCAAAAUGGCACCCAAAAGAAGAAAGGAAAAAAAGGAAAAAAAUCAAAAGAAGAUGAAAAAGAAAAACCACAGGUAUCAGAGGUAGAAACUGACCCCUUGGGUGAUGAUCAAGAUGAUGAUGCUGACGAUGCUGAAUAUGAGGUUGAUGAGAUUGUAGGUGAAAAAACAAUCAAGGGAGUAAAGCACUUUUUAAUCAGAUGGAAGGGGUACACCGAAGAAAGUGACACUUGGGAACCAGAAGACACACUGGACUGCAGUGACCUUAUUAAGGCUUUCCAGGAAAAGAACAAGAAAUCUUCGAAGAAGGAUACUCCAAAGGGGAAGAUUAAGAAAGAAAAAAGAUCAGAACAAAAAGAUUCAGUGGAAGAUUCCUGGGAUGAAAAUGAUGAUUUUGAGGUUGAACGCAUAAUAGACGUAUACUUCCACAAAGACGGCUCUAAAGACUUUUUGGUAUCUUGGAAAGGCUAUCCCGCGUCAGAUAACUCUUGGGAGCCAGAGGCCAAUAUGGAUUGUAAAGACCUCAUAGCAAAAUAUAUGGCAAAAUGUGAUGAGGCCAAAAAAUUCGAGGGCAAAGAAUCUAAAUUGAGGGUAAACAGGAAACCUGUGGAAAGACUGGCGUUUUCGAUGCACGAAAAAGAAAGAAGAUUAAGCAAGAGACACACUGGGAGGGAAAGAGUGCAUUACUUUGAUGCGGAGUAAAAUUACUCAUGAUUAAAUGCAAGGUAGCCAUUAGAUUUAAGGUUUGUUUUUUUCAGUCUUAGGUAUUAGUGCCACUCUGGAAGUGUUGUUAGAAGUAUCUAAUGCUACACUUUUACCAAGACUAGCUAAUAAAUUUUUCUAUAAAUUUUGUUACAUUUUUUCAAUGUAUUUAUUUCAUAAUUCAAGUAUUGUAAUUGUAAUGGAUAGUGAUGAGAUUUUUUUUCAUUAUGCAUAUAACUUCUAUUAUAUUAAGUUAUGAGAACGCCGUUAUCUAACAUUAUCAAAUAUCAUUAUAGGCAGAGUAAAUCAGCUAUUCUAGAAGCAUAUUUUGUAUGUUAAAACCCCACUGUCUUAUUAUAAUAGAAGUACUUAGAGGUAAUGUGUAUGAAAAAUAAAUUACUUUACUUAUGAAAUUA